GAGUGUAUGGUUUUCUGCUGUCAAAAAUAUUUCAUAGCUUUAGAGCUAUUACUAAUGUUGUAAACUACACGUGGUAUUCUUAUUUUAAAUGUUCGUUGCUACGUAAAAUGAAAUGCAUGUAACCGGUUGUAAAAAAUACACCCCUUAGUAAAAUGGUUUGCCCAUAAUUCAGUGUUUGAACGUCUUUCCCAACUCAUGAGUUGCCUGACCUGUUCCAGAAGAGGUAGUGACAGUAAGAUAAAGAUGAGUUCAGGAGGAGAUUCAAACCCAGCUGCAACUCCCACUCCUUGCCUGGACACUCAGGGAGAUGACCGUUGGAUGUCUAUGCAUAACCGCUUUGUUUCAGACAGUAAAGACAAGGAACCAGAUGUUCUGUUUGUGGGAGACUCGCUGGUGCAGCUCUUACACCAGUUUGAGGUGUGGCGUGAGCUUUUCUCCCCUCUGCAUGCUUUGAAUUUUGGGAUUGGGGGUGAUGCCACACAGCACGUCCUUUGGAGACUUGCCAAUGGAGAGCUGGACCACAUCAGCCCAAAGGUGGUGGUGCUGUGGGUGGGCACCAACAAUCAUGGCCACACUCCAGAGCAGGUCUGUGGAGGCAUCACUGCCAUUGUCCGUCUCAUCAACAGCAAGCUACCCUCUGCUCACACUCUCGUACUGGGUGUGCUUCCCAGGGGCAAGAGCGUGAACCCGCUUCGGGAGAAGAACGCCCUGGUUAACCAGCUGGUGCAGCAGGCCCUGCCCACCCUCUCCAGGGCCUCCUACCUGGAUGUGGACCCGGGCUUCGUGCACUCGGACGGCAGCAUAUCCCACCAGGACAUGUACGACUUCCUGCACCUCACCCCGCACGGUUACCAGGUCGUGUGCCGGCCCCUGCACGCCGCCAUCAAGGCCCUGCUGGAGGCUCCGGGGGCCAACUGAGGGCCGCUUGCGCUGUUAAAGUCGGUUUGUCAGCCUUCGCCUAACCGACAGACAGAGUUAAGGCAGAGGGGACUGGGGCUUCUAUACAGAGGAGUGGGCUGACAGACUGUACAGGGGUUUUUUUUGAAUGCCUUAAACAUUCUAACGCAAACUGGGGAGCCGGGCGGCUCCUGGCGAAACGGUCACGGGGCCUUUACGCACUGUAUCCGGUUGGUAGGUGGAUUUUCAUGUGCUCUCGUUUUAGUAGGGGGAAAAAAAACAAGGGCCGCUGUGGUGUUUGAGUCCUAUGCGGCCCGUGUUUGUUCUUUUUGUCACAGGAUGUAGCCCUCCAUUCUUCAAGUCUUUCAGUCCAUUUUCUCUUAUUUUAUCCUCGUCUCUCAGCGCUUCUGAAGCAAGAGGGUAUGGGGAGGCACUGUGUGCCCGCAACCUUCUUAUGCUUUAUUUUUAUUCUUUUUUUUUUUUUUCAUUGUUUUUUGUUUUUGCAGGAAGUGGUUAUAUUCAACUUUAUUGGCAUUCAUUUCCAAGAGCCUGAACCCUAUAGUUUAGGUCAGACAGGGUUUCUGGUACAUUUAGUGAGGGUUGGUGGCCGCCUCCCCCACACUUAUGACACUAUGAAGACAGGUUGACAGAUUUACAGAGUGAGAAAAGAGGCAGAAGGAUAUAUAUGCACUAAAUCCCAAUUGUGAUGUACCUUAAAGCCCUCAUUGUUGCUUUCACCUUAUCUCUUCAAUGAAUAAAGUACUUUGUCUUUAGCUAGAGCUAGUCUUUUUGUAUGUAUUGUAAUUAUUAUUUCUCACCUUGUGCAUACCUGCAAAAGUGGACAUUCCAUGUUGCUGUGCUACAGUAUAUGCAUUGAAAACAACCUGAUUGUACUGUGUAGCUGCACCCCCAAGCAGCAGAGUAGUCUUGUUUUUUAUUAUUAAAAAAGGUGAUAACAUGGGAA